UUCCGUCAACACCAGCAGGCGCACAAUGCAAUCCGAUCAGAGAAGUAAUAGUGAUAAAAUGGCUAGUGCGGUAAAUAGUGCGAAUUCUUUACGCAGAAUAUUAGUCGGGAUAAAAACUUUGGAAAAUAGCGACACAGUUAAAAUAGCCAGAUUUGUAGACUGUCUUGUUAAUUAUUUCACGCCAAAUAGUUUAUCUGUAAAUGUCGGCUGCAAACUGGAAGAAGAUGUGCUGGUAUUAUAUCCCGCAAGUCCGAAUUUUGUGCACGUUAAACGAGAAAAAUCAUUGUCGGACGAAAAACUUCGUUCUAGUGGAACAGCGGACUUCGGAAAUGUGGUGUUGCAGCAUUCCCCUACAUGCCCCGUUAUGUUAUUGGAAGAAACGGAGGAGGCUGCUAUGUCAAUCCCGGAGAGCACCCAAAACCGUGGAGUUCAUGUUGGAGUGGCUGUUAUCCUGGAAUCUUCGGAUUCACAUAUUCUUUUGACCCAAAGGUCGGGUCACAUGCGGUCGUUUCCAGGAGCCUGGGUCCCACCCGGUGGAAAUAUUGAGUCUGGAGAGAGUUUGGUGGAAGGUGGGCUGCGUGAGCUGUGUGAGGAAACCGGCCUCUGUCUGAACGUCGACCUCUGCCCAGAAAGCGGGCAGUCGCCAUCAACUUCACAGGGACCCUCUGUGCGUGUGUUGUGCCUUUGGGAGUCUGUAUUCCCCCCCUUCUUGCCAGCGGGCCCUCCACGGUAUCACCACGCAGUCGUGUACCUUCAUGUCGUCGUUUCGAAGAACAAGGAUGAGCUUCAGAAUGCAAUAAAGCUAGAUCCAGAUGAAGUCCAGGCAUGUGUCUGGCUGAACGAGGAAGAUGUGAGGGCACUGGUAUCCGACAACGCGACCAGUCGUACGGUCCUGCAGUGGAAAGCAGGGCCAGGCAGCGAUAUGACACCCAAGCUGACAGCCCUGUCGUCGAUGUUCCUGGCUCCGUGGCUUGACGAACCCCUAACCGGGGUGCAGGCAGCGCUCUAUGGCUGGCUGCGUCUCAAAGACAGUUCGAGGGGAGGGUGCGGAGGGGUGAAAGGCGGCUGCAAUAAAAGCUUUGAAAGCUGUCGGAUAUAGCACGCUAAAGUAGAGCCAUAGCCCUGUAUGUAUAUUGUGGGCUGUACAAAUCUGUGAUAGUUGGCAUUCUAUAAGAAAAUGCCUCACAAUGUUUACAGUACAUUUUUUAUUGGUAAUGGUUUUGCAAAAUAUAUUUAAAGACUUUUAUUGCUCUUGUAACAAGGUUGGUAUUUGAGACAUUGGUUACUUGCCAUUUUUCUCACAACAGGAAGAGAUUG